AUGAGUAAAGAAGCAAGUCUAAACGAUAAAGAAAUCCCUAAAAUCCCAAAGGAGGCGGACAGUAAAUUUGUUCCUGGUAAGCCGCGACCAGAAAUUGAAUUUUUAGUUAUCGAAAAAACCGGUAGACGUUGGCCUUAUUGUGAUGGUAAAAAGGCAUUAAGUGCUAGUACUCUCACGAGAAUUUUACGAGAAAUAGAAUAUGAAGAAAUACCAGAAUUUAUUCUUCUCAGAGCUGCUGAGCGAGGAAAGAACUUUCACGAUACUAUUCAGGAGUUUGUGCAAAGCGGCAAUCAUCCCGUUGAAACGCUCCACCACGUUUUUUACAAAGAUGAAUUACUGGCUACCUACGUUGAUUUAGAGUUUCACGAUUAUAUCAUUGAGUUAAAAACUAGCAAUAUUAAGGCGAAUGAGAGCCCACUGGCCUUACUCAUUUUUGAAAUUCAAUUACUUAUUCAAUACUUAUGUACUGGUAAAAAUGUUUAUCUCUUAUGA